AGGACAUAACCACAUGACCUGCACUCAAAGAUGUCAUGACUGAGCUCAUAAAAGUUUAACUUGUGAGAUUUUUACUGUAAGGCUGAGCGUGUUUGAAGUGUUAUCCCCAUGAAUGGUCGGCAGAUAGAAGCAACUGCGCCCUCUUUCUGUCUUUCUCCGCCUGUUUUUAAUUGCUGAUCUGUGACAGUGGUUUAAAGAGGAGGACAAGCUGAGGCACUAUUUGGAUUGUUUUUUUUACUUGAUGACAUGUCUCUGUAUCGAAAUACAGUCUGGUUUUUGAACGGGAUUCACCAUUAUACAAGGAAGGGAUAUGAGACAGCAGCUAGAGACUUUGACCCUCAAGAGCUGAAUGUGUCUGUUGUGGGGAGGUCUUUUUUGAUCACAGGAGCAAACAGUGGAAUUGGCAAAGCAACAGCCAUGUGUAUUGCAAAAAGAGGUGGAACUGUCCACAUGGUGUGCAGGAACAGAGACAAAGCAGAGGAGGCAAGGGAGGACAUCAUACAUGAGUCUGGGAAUACAGAAGUUUUUGUACAUAUUUUGGACAUGUCAAACAUUCGGAAAGUCUGGGAAUUUGCAGAAGCCUUCAAAAUGGAGUAUCCAUCCUUGAAUGUGUUGAUAAACAAUGCAGGCUGCAUGGUGCACAAGAGAGAGCUGACUGCUGAGGGACUGGAGAGGAACUUUGCUACAAACACGAUGGGGGUGUACAUCCUCACCAAGACUCUCAUACCAUUUCUACAAAAGAGCCGGGAUCCUAGAGUGAUCACUGUGUCAUCAGGAGGCAUGCUGGUCCAGAAGCUCAGAGUCAGUGACUUGCAGUCAGUGAAGGGCUACUUUGAUGGUGUUAUGGUGUACGCCCAGAACAAGAGACAGCAGGUGGUGCUGACACAACAGUGGGCCAAAGAAAACCCGCUCAUUCACUUCUCUGUCAUGCAUCCAGGCUGGGUGGAUACACCAGCUGUUGCCACCUCCAUGCCUCAGUUCCACCAAAUGAUGGGGGAUCGGCUUCGCAGCGUAGAGCAGGGAGCGGACACGGUGGUGUGGCUGGCCUUAUGUCGAGCCUCUUCCCGUUCACGCAGCGGCCAGUUCUUUCAAGAUCGUAGCCCAGUUCCUGCCCACCUGCCUUUGGCCUGGACUCACAGCUCUGCCGAAGACGUUCAGCGUUUCAUGAGUCAGCUGGAAAGUUUGGCCAAAGACAUUCUGUCAAAAUCUGUAGGGGAAGACAACAGUCCAAUGAGUGCUACAAAACCCCAGUUUGUGUGAAAUGUGAUGGUAAAAACUGCCUCUGAUCAA